UACUCAAAACUACUGCCAACUUACUUUCUUGAAGAUCAUAAACAUAGAAAAAAGAAAUGGCUUCAUUUGCCCAUCGAUUUUUGAUAAUUAUAAGCUCUCUUAGUUUAAUUACUUGCUCCGCAAGAUUUCAUGCAACACAAGACUUGAUCUCCACGGCAUGCAGUCAUACACUUUACUACGAAAUAUGCAUAUCUUCGUUAAACUCAGACCCUCGAACCAAAACAGCAGAUCUUCAAGAACUAGCCAAUGUUGCACUCAAUCUCACUAUAUCGUACGGUCAAGAAACACUUGCUCACAUUACUGAUUUGAAGUCUACAGCUAGAGGAAACGACACCGUCUCGUCUUGCUUAGGAGAUUGUAUGGAAGUGUUCAGUGAUGCUGUUGAAGAGUUAAACGAGGCCAUUGAUGCUUUAAGGAUUAAGUCCUUAGAAAAUGUUAAGACAUUUGUGAGCGCUGCAAUGACUGACUCUGAUACUUGUGAUGAGGGUUUUAAGGAGAUUGGCUUUGUGUCUCCGGUUUCUGAUAAAACUCUGUAUUUUAGUAAGCUGUGUAGUAUUUUUCUGGCAAUUGUCAAUCUUUUGACUUGAUGGAUGAUUCGGUUCGUUCCGUCAGUUAAUAAUAAAAUAUGGUUAAAUUGGUUUGUUCGGUCGGUUCAA